GUCCAGGAUCGGAAUAAAAGGAUUCAGGGACAGAGAACUUCCAUCCAGUCCUCCUGAGGUGGCCAGGGAUCUUGUGCUGCCCGUCAUCUUGUACCCCAGCACUCAUCAGCUGAGAUGUCCUGCCAGCAGAGCCAGCAGCAAUGCCAGCCCCCUCCCAAGUGUGCCCCCAAGUGCCCUCCCAAGUGCCAGACACCAAAGUGUCCUCCUAAGUGCCCUCCUAAGUGCCCCCCUGUGUCAUCCUGCUGCAGCCUAGGGUCUGGUGGCUGUGGCUCCAGCUCUGGUGGCUGCUGUGGCUCCAGCUCCGGAGGUUGCUGCAGCUCUGGGGGUGGCGGCUGCUGCCUGAGCCACCACAGGCCCCGCAGAUCUCUUCGUCGCCAUCGUCAUAGCUCUGGAUGCUGUAGCAGUGGUGGCGGCAGUGGGUGCUGUGGUAGCAGUGGUGGCAGCAGUGGGUGCUGUGGUAGCAGUGGUGGCAGCAGUGGCUGCUGUGGCAGCAGCGGGGGCAGCAGCUGUGGCAGUAGCCAACAGUCUGGGGGCUGCUGCUGACCCAUUCCAUUCUGUUCUCAAGCAUGCGGCGCAGCAGGAAGCCAUGUCCAGAACGCCAGUCCACAACUGCUACUCUCCUCUCCUCUGUCUCCCUGGUCCUUGGUUGUAAGAUAUUGAAAAUCUGUAUCAAAUUCUGAAUUUGCUCCAAUGAUUCAAUGCCUUCUUCAGUAUUUUGUGAUAAUAAAGUGUUCCUUAUUGGUUCUACCAAAA